CGGUCACAUGUUGUUGCCAGAACUGAACCGACAGUGGAUUUCCCCCCGUUAUCCACGCUCUGCGUCAUUUCUUUCAUUUAUUCACGUUGAUUUGUGCAAAACAUCUCACCGAGGGGCCGGUGUUGCCGCAUUUUGUAUCCUUGCUCGCUUUUGGAUGUUUUAUUAUGGACGUUUAGAGCGCGCUGAUCCAGCAGCCGACGUUAAGACCUCCCAGCUUUAAGGAUAGGAUUCUUAUUCGGAAACCGUUAAUCAGGUACAGAUACUGGCGUUUGGAUUGCACGUUUCUUCUGGUUCGUUUAUCAGCUUGUUAUUUAUCUGUAUUGUGUUGUUGAAAGACAAUUCCCGUCCGUGUUCAUGCCAGAUCUGCAGCGCUUUAGUUUUCCAUACCAUAGCAUGAAUCCUUUGUUGGGUGCAAACACGCAUCUCCAACAGCAUCCGCAGCAGAGUCACGCACCCGGACACCCGGACUCUCCGUCAGGCCUCCUAUCUGACACCGUUUUUGGAGGACCGGAUCAGACCUCCUUUUUGCUGGGUGAGCCGUCCGGGCCGGGGCCUGACUUCACCGCACCCUCUCAGACCUCACCUUACCUCCCCCACAACCGCAGCCACUACCACCAUCGCGUUGUUUCGCACCCCCCUGCUGCCAUGGCGCUGAGAAACGACUUGGGAUCCAACAUCAGCGUCCUAAAAACUCUCAAUCUGAGGUUCAGAUGCUUUUUAGCAAAAGUGCAUGAAUUAGAGCGUAGAAAUAAGAUUUUAGAGAAACAACUGCAGCAGGCGCUGGAUGCCAAUAAAGGCUGUCAAAGUGGAUGCUGUGAGAGCAGGGGACAUAGCCAGGAUGCAGGCGUACAGACCGGAUUUGUCGGGACCAUGCCGCUCAGGCCCGGCUCCCUCCCCUUCCACAACACCAACAACUCAGCCAGGAGGCCUACAACACUGUACACACCGCCACCCACUACUGAAAACUCCAGUUCAACCCAAACAAAUGCCACUUGUAACCCGGCCAUCACUAUCAGCCAGGCCUCUCCAUGUGUGGACUCCCCUGUCUCUGGUUUUAAAACGUUCUCCAACACCAGCGCAGGUCCAGGGAGCUCCACCAACCCUCCUCCACGGUUUCUACCGGGCACCAUCUGGUCCUACAACCACACUCGCAAGUUUGGCCCCGGUGGGGACCGUCUGACCAGCCCUGGAGUCUCCUGGGCGCAGCCUGACGGAGUCGGGGUGCAGAUUGACACCAUCACCCCUGAGAUAAGAGCCCUGUAUAACGUCCUGGCAAAAGUGAAGAGGGAGAGAGACGAGUAUAAACGCAGGUGGGAAGAAGAAUACACUAUGAGGAUGGAUCUGCAGCAGAAAACGUCAGACCUACAAGAGGAUUUGCAGGAGAGCGAAGGCUGUCAGGACGAGCUGGCGGUCAGAGUUCAGCAGCUGAAGGCAGAGCUGGUUCUCUUCAAAGGCCUCAUGAGCAAUAACUUGUCAGAGUUGGACAGUAAGAUCCAGGAGAAAGCCAUGAAGGUGGACAUGGACAUCUGCCGCAGGAUCGAAAUCACCGCUCGUCUCUGUGACGUAGCUCAGCAGAGGAACUGUGAAGAUGUGAUCCAGAUGUACCAGGUUUCGAGCAACCAAUCAUCCCUAAACUGCCGUCGCAAGCAAACGCCUCUGUCUUUCAACGGCAGCGAGUGUGACGAGCCCGUCAGCACCUCUGAAAGUGAUGGGGGAGUGGUCAAAGAUGAAGACCACCGCGGCUCAUCAGCCAAUCAGAUCAAUGAGGAGAUGCAGAGGAUGCUGAACCACCUACGUGAAUGUGAGUUUGAGGAUGAUUGCGACAGUCUGGCCUGGGAGGAGAAUGAAGAGACACUGCUUCUUUGGGAGGACUUCCCAGGAUGCACGCUGCCUCCUGACCCCACCCACCCACCAGGAGAGGAGGACUGUCUGGAAAAGGUGAUUAAUGACACGGAGUGUCUUUACAAGUCCAGAGAGAAGGAAUACCAAGAGACCAUUGACCAGAUUGAGCUGGAACUGGCCACAGCGAAGAGUGACAUGAACCGACACCUCCAGGAGUACAUGGAGAUGUGUUCGAUGAAGAGAGGCCUCGACGUUCAGAUGGAGACUUGCAGGAGACUCAUCACACACAGCGGAGACGGUGACUCUGCGGCGCCUGCCUCCACUGAGGGCGGUGACCAGAGAGAAAACGACAAGUCAUCAUCAUCGCCGCCUUCUUCCUCGAGCGCUCGAAGAUCUUGACCCUUCCUCACUCCGGCAGCAACAGGGGGCUGUGCUCACGUGUCCUCCACCACAUUCAGCGACGGGAGCACACUGAUGCAACACACACCUGUAACUAUGGCGGCACCAUGUUUACACUCUUCAUGUGCAGAGUUAUUUAGUUAAUUCUUCCUGCUGUCCACGCAAGUCAGCUUUGGUCUGAGGAGACUUUUUAGCGCUUAAACUCUGGAUUUCUGUCAUUGCUACUUCAUGCGGAUGUCACUGAUGUGAGAGGGGGGAGGUCUUCGACUAGUCGGACCGGGUCAUCUUGUGUUUGACAGCAGUAGUUAAGAAAGUGCAUCUUAUGAUGGAGUGUGAAGAUUCAGAAAGUAGAGGAAUCAUUGUAAAUAAAUGGGCUGAUGUCCUUGCAGUGCCGUAUGCUACAAGAAAGCAUAAAAGGACUAAUUAACUCCAAACACAGUAAAAACACUUCAUAUCCUGGCAUUUAAAGAUAACCGAGCAAAUACAUGUCGUAAGGACCUUGUGAAGUCCACUCCACACAAAUGUACAGGGCUGUUAUUAACAAUGUAUCACUAAACAAAAGGGGAACGUUUGAGUCUAUUAAACAGUGUGGAGUGUAUUUCUCAGUUUGAUUGGUCAGUUUUAUUAUAAUAAUGAGGAGCUUGAGUCUUUAAAGUCUAAUAAGAUGUCAUGAUUCAGCAUUUUGCUGCCUUACAGCUGCAGAUUCAGAGCUGGCUUUCUAUCAGUGUAGUAUUCAAUCAAACCACAGGCAAAGCAAACCUUAUUUCAUAAAUAUGAAUUGGGAGCGAUCCUGAAAAUAGGAAAUAGAAAGUUUUAGUUGUCUCAUAAUUUCAAUCCAUCAUUUAUCUGCUGUGAAUGACCUGAAUCCGAACUAGAUUUUAUGGGAGAAAUCCGCUGUAAAAAAGUUUAACAAUGGUAUUUAUUGCUGAUGUAUACUUACCGAAAGGUAACAUUAUAAUGAUUAUCAGCCACCAACAUCAAUGUCCGCGGGAUUUGUUGAAGAUACAUUUUGAAAAUAUCAAAUUAGAGCACCUACAAGUUCAUUGACAAGAUUUCAUGAAAACAACAAAAAACAAAUCUGAAAUACAUUGAACAUCACAGAUAAGUCUGUUAAUGGUGCUUCAUAACAAACCCAAAGUUCAAGGUGACAGCAUCAGUGUCCAAGGGGAGUUUUAAAAGCACCCUCUUGAAACUGAUCUAGGGUCAGUGUUGCUCUGGCGAUAAUCCUACUGUGUGAUUAAGUACACUGUGUAGCUGUUACUAAUUAGUUUUAUUUCCAGCAGUAAUGUAUAAGAUUAGAGUCGGAUCCUCUGCAUGGUUGAAUCACUUUUAAAGACACAAGAACGUCUAAAAAUAGAGUAAGUUAGCCAUUUAGUGCCAAAAUAAAAUGGUCAGAUUGUGAAUCAACAGGAAGUUGCUGUAAAAAAUAAUAAUAAUAAUAUAGCUGCCGUGGCUUUUUCACCAUGGUGCUUGAUGUAUAUAACUGAACCUAUUGUUGAGCCUGUUUGCACAUAGAAAGGAAGAGCAGAGCAGAAAUGUAUAUGAAACAAUAACUUACUUGUAAAACAUGUCACAUAAAGAUGUCGACACGCUGGACAUUAACUGUAUUUCUUCUAUUAUGUUUACUCAUCCUCUACAUGUUUCAGGUGGGGAUCUAGAAUUAUGAAUUUAACACUAACACAUACCUCAUUUUUACUUUAUUUAUGUUUCCUGGGUACAUUUAACCGUAACCUUUUUACUCAGACACAUUGCUCCGGUAAAACAUAUACUAGCAUACUGCUGUAAAUCCUCACUGUUAUCACUGCUCUUCUAUCAGACACUGUUGGCUAAAUAUAGUCCCGGCUGUAGUUUCUUCUCUGUGGUUGUAUCAAUUGAAAUAUGUCUUAUGCUUCCACUGCGAGUCACACUUCAACACUUUGUUUCAAUAAUAAAGACGGGAAAAGGACAUCAUUUAAUCUUGUAUAAACUUGUGCAUGUGUGGCUGUUGGACUCGGCUAAUCGCAGCGUUUCCACUCGUGUUGGAACACAGGAGGAGGAUGCCAGAAAUGCAUUGUGUGAGACAAGAAACACGCCAUUUCCCUUUUUGCAUAGAAAUACUUUCACGCACUGAGUGGGUUCUCUAUGUAUGCAUGUACCAGUGGGUCUGUUUGUGAGUGUUAUGUCAGUAUAGUGAGUGUUUUUAAAGACUUUUACUGGGGAAAAUGUACAACAUGAAGAAGAAGGAAACACAAGUCAAAUUUGCUCUGUGUUUAGCAUUUGGGACCGAGCUGUCUUUCCAAAAUAAUUAGCUGAAAAAUUAAAAAUAUCUAGAUCAAAUGACAAUGGAGUUAUUUUCUUCCAUUUAUACUUUUUCUUUAUGAGUGUAUAUGGUCGCCAGAUAAAGUUAAUUUAACAAUAAGUUGUGUAAAAAUAAAUAAGAAUAGGAGAACAAAUUACUCAAAUGCAAAUGCUUUGGCAAAAUGACUGUACAAUGACUUGGAUAUUAUACUUGUAAAGGAAAUAUAGCUUUGAAUAUAUACUUGUGUUCAAAGUCUGCAAGCGAAGAAUGUCACACACGGAAAUAAAUUUAAAUUUAGAUCAAAUUAUCUGAUGGCCCUAUUUCAUUUCUCAAUGGAAAAUAUGGUGGGCAAUGACCAGAUAUGAUGUUUUUUUGUCCCUUCUCUAAUGUCUUUUUACAGAGGAGACAAAAUAAUUGGAUUCAAUUUGUGUCAGAAAACAAUUUGAUAAUCAAGAUCUCCAGAUGUGUGAUGAUGCAGCUUUAAAUAUCAAGAGGGUAAUUUAGGGUAAAAGCUUCACUGCAGAGCUACAGUAUGUAACAUGUCAAGAGAGACUGAAAGAAUAAAAGAUGCAACUGAGCAACA